AUGGCGACAGCUACCAUCUAUAAACAUAACCCCAUUCUCUCAAUCUCUUUCCUCCACGCGUUCCAUUUCUCCUUUUUUUCUGCUUCCCCCAAAUCCCAAUUUCUCUCUCCCUCUAUAUAUAUAUGCGCACGCGAUACGAACUUCUCUUUCUUUUGUCCACUUCAAUUGCUUCAAUUGCUUUUUGCCUCUGCUUCAAGCUGUAGAAAAAUCCACUCUUUAUUUGGGAAUUAAUUUUUCGAAAUCCCUAGCCCCAAUUUUUUCAAUUUUGUGAAAUCGAGCGAAGGGGUAUUUGAAAUUGAAGGGGAAAUUGGGAGACGAUAAGGUUUUUUGGUGGGAAUUAUCGAUCGAUAAAUUGAGAUUAAAUUGAAAUUGGGGGACGAGGAUGGGAGGGGAGGUGGCGUACCUCACUGUGGGGGAGAAGGAAGGGUGUGAUGAAGGGAAAAUAGCGGCGGCGGAGAGGAAGUAUUCGGCGCCGUCGGUGGGCGGUGGUGGAUUGGCGCCGCCGCUGGAGAAAGUGGUGGUGGUGGGAUAUGCGCUUACGUCUAAGAAAGUUAAGAGCUUUUUGCAGCCCAAGUUUGAGCACUUAGCGAGGAACAAGGGAAUCCUGUUUGUGGCUAUUGAUCAAAGCAAACCUCUUUCGGAACAAGGUCCUUUCGACAUUGUGUUGCAUAAGUUAUCUGGAAAAGAAUGGCGGCGAGUACUAGAGGAUUAUUGGAAUGAACAUCCGGAGGUCACAGUUCUUGACCCUCCUCGAGCCAUACAGCAAGUACAUAAUCGUCAAUCCAUGCUUCAAGAUGUUUCAGACCUGAAUCUGUCAGACCGUUAUGGAAAAGUCGGCGUUCCUAGACAGUUGGUUAUCAAGAAAGACCCAUCAUCUAUUCCUGGUGCUGUGAGCAAGGCAGGCCUGAGGCUACCAAUUGUGGCAAAACCUUUGGUUGCAAAGUCACACGAACUGUCUCUUGCCUAUGAUGAGUUCUCUCUCCAGAAGCUGGAGCCACCACUAGUUUUACAGGAAUUCAUUAAUCAUGGAGGUGUGCUAUUCAAGGUUUAUAUUGUUGGUGAAGCAAUAAAAGUGGUCAGGCGGUAUUCCUUACCCGAUGUUAGCAAAUAUGAACUGUCAAAGUGUACUGGUGUUUACCACUUUCCAAGAGUUUCUUGUGCUGCUGCAUCUGCUGAUGAAGCUGACUUGGAUCCUCGUGUUGCUGAGCUCCCCCCACGGCCAUUGCUCGAGAGAUUGGCUAAAGAACUACGACGAAGACUGGGUCUUCGGUUAUUCAACUUGGAUAUAAUCAGAGAGCAUGGAACUCGAGACAACUAUUAUGUGAUAGACAUAAACUAUUUUCCAGGAUAUGGAAAAAUGCCAGAAUACGAGCACAUAUUUACAGAUUUCCUUCUGAGCCUAGUCGAAAGCAAGUAGACAUAUCGUCUGCAGCAAGAGCCACAUCCGAGCAGUGAACUUCUGGGGGAGUUUAUCGACACACAUCACUAUGCUUUGGAGGGCGAGGAAAAGCAAGAUAAUCUAUAUGCUAUGGUGACAUUUGGCAGUGACUAUGUGCCUUCGUGAAGGUGAUCAAUCGUCUCUGGUUCAUCGUGAUCUGCCAAAGGCCUUUCAUGGUUCGUGUUUCGCCUGCUUAGCUGGGUAGUGCUAAUCAGUUAGUAUUAAUUUUUGAUCGAUGUGUGCGCGGUUUUGUAAAUUCUUGUUGGUUGACAUGUAUAAUCUCUCUCAGAAUUUGCUGCCUAAUUCACAUUUUUUUCCAUUUUUGGGGAAGUUAAUUCUAGUAUGUUUCUUUUUCA